CAUCCUGUAUCCCCCACGGCCGCUGGCCCUCCCACAAGAUCGAAUCCCGCCCACCCUCAGCCCAAUGGCGGUGCUCACUACGACAUGGCCGCCCCGCGCCUCCACCGCUUCCUCCUCCGCCGGACCGCCUCCACCACCUCCUCCUCCACCGCAUCCCGAUCGCCGGCCCUCCUGCAGGAUCGGAUCCCACCCACCUCCAGCACAACUCCGACGCUCACCACGCCAUGCCCGCCCCGCGCCUCCACCGCUUUCUCCUCCACCGUGUCGAAUCCUGCUGUCACCUCCAAGCCAGCACCGGUGCUCACUGCGCCCUGGCCACCCCCCUCGCUUGCUCGCGCCACCCGUCCACCAUCGUGCGCUGCCCCACUGUCCGCCAUCUGUUUCAGCCGACCGGCAGCCGCCGGUACGACGUCUCCUGGGCGCUGGGACGCAGACUGGGCGCGGUUCAGUUACUACUGCCCCAGGUCGUCGAGGAACAACACUAUCGGGUUGGGCGCACGCCCUUCCGCUGCUCCAAGCCUCCAAGUGCAGUUCGGACGCAGGCCAUCCGCCCUUUGGCCACCGACGCCGUUGCUCUGCUCUGCCCUUUGGCCACCGGCGAUGUUGCUCUGCUCCACUGCCAUCAUAGUUGGCCAGGAACCCGGUUUUAUCCACGUCUUCCCCAGGUUAACAGAGCCGCAUUUACUUCACUGUCUGACUAAGCUUCUCGAUAUGUAGGUGAUUUAAUCCCGUUAUUCUUCAGUAGUUUUUAGCUUGCUGACACUAACCAAAUGGCCCACGCGCUUAUCUUAUCAGUUAAACUGUUCAACUAAAAAGCACAGAAACCCUUCUGCUGCAAGUCAUUGAUGGACUCUUCACUUCCUCUCCCCACGAUCUCCACAAGCGACCGAUGUAUUCCCAUUUAAAUUGGGUGCUCCACAAGGUUAUUCUCACUCCCAUCAUCUGCUACAUCCCAGUGAACUCCUGCGCCAUUUUAGCCACUACUAUCUGCUGGGACGAAUAAUCUUUCUACUCUCUCCGUUUUUAAAUAUAAGUCUUUUUAGACAUUUCAAAUGGAUCACAACAUACGGAUAUAUGUAGAUAUAUUUUAGAGAGGAGAUUCACUCAUUUUGCUCCGUAUGUAGUCACUUGUUGGAAUCUCUAGAAAAGGCUUAUAUCUGGGAAUGGAGGGAGUACUUGUGUAUUGGUCUACACGGUUUUCUUUCUUGAUAAGCAGUUCGUCUCUCUCUCUCUCUCUCUCUCUCUCUCUCU